AUGGAUAAUAGAUCAAAUAUGACUUUUAUAACUUUUGGUGGGCAUGUGGAAGUGCACAAGCAUAGAUAUGUGUAUUUUGUGGUCAUGUUUACUGUUUAUAUUUUAAUAAUUAGCAGUAAUUUCAUUAUUGUGUGCAUCAUAAUGAUUCACAAAAACUUGCAUGAGCCAAUGUACAUUUUCAUUGCAGCUUUGUUAAUCAACUCUGUUCUUUUCAGCACUGUUAUCUACCCAAAGCUUUUGAUUGACUUUUUAUCAGAUGAACAGAUCAUAUCUUAUCCAGCAUGUCUCUUCCAGUGGUUUUCAUAUUACUGGUUAGGAGGUUCAGAUUUCUUUCUCUUGUCUGUUAUGGCCUAUGACAGAUAUGUGUCUAUAUGUAACCCUCUGAAAUAUACAACCAUCAUGCAAAAAAUAACUGUUAAUAUUUUCCUGUUUUCUGCUUGGAUUCUGCCUGCUUGUUUAAUGUCAGUAGCAUUAUUACUAAAUGCUAGAGAACAAAUCUGUAAAUUUAAUUUGAAAGGAAUACUUUGCAACAGCACAAUUCUAACACUUCACUGUGUCAGAUCAAGAAUACUGAAUAUGUAUGGCUUGUUUGUUUUAGUUAUUUUUUUAUUCAUCCCUUUGCUCUUUAUACUUUUCACAUACGCCAGGAUACUUGUAGUAUCGUAUCGAUGUAGAGGAGUCAGGAGAAGAGCUGCACAGACCUGUUUACCCCAUCUGCUGGUUCUUAUCAACUUUUCCUUUUCAACUGCAUAUGAUGUACUUCUUCCUCGACUGGAACUUGAUUCUCCAAAAAUUGUACGUUUUAUUAUGACUGUACAAUUUGUAAUAUAUAGCCCUCUUUUUAAUCCAAUCAUUUAUGGACUAAAAAUGAGGAGAAUUAAUGAUCACCUUAAGAAUUUCUUCUGUACAAUGUUCAAUGUUUCAGCUGUUAAAUUGAACAGGUAACCACAGUAUAAACAUUCCUUUUUCAGUUUGAUUUUACUUACAAGGUCAAACUGACCUACACUUGUAGAUAUGACCUUUUUCUACAAGUCUACUGCUCAAAACUGUGAUGACCCUGACAUAAGCAUAAAAUAGCAGAAAAUGAGAUAAUCCGUUAAUAAUCCUUAGAGGGCCACCCAGCACAAUACAGAUAAACACAACACAACAUAAGAGAAAUACAAAUAAGUAAGUGGUGCAGUUAAAUGU